AUGCAGUGGAAAUCUGGCGGGGAAGUAAGUGGCAAUGUAUACAUCGGGUGGCUUCUUGGAGGCAGCCAGAAUGCAAGGUGCGGGGGAAGGUGCAGGUGCCCACUUAUGGGCACUUGUUUGCGCCGAAGCUGUCAGCCAAAGCAGACGCCAUUGCAAGUCUGCAUAAGGGACCCACGCUUUUGCCGCAUGAAGUUCCUUUGCGAAAUGCUUGCUGCCUGCGAGGCCUAUGAUCAAGCAGAUCGCGCAAUGCGCGACUUCAACAUUGGGAAAGUUGCCAAGAACAAGCCGCCCGACAAAUUGCUCAUCAAUUGCUAUAGAACCGAUAGUGGUGGCAGUACUCACAGCCAGCGCGUUUUUAUCGGGCAUGAGAUGACGGCCAAUCCUCUUCAUCGGCCUGAUUUGUUCGUCUUGUGGUUCAUGAGGUGCAGAAUCCAUCACGGCGCAAUUUGUGCCCACAACGCCACCGACUUCUUUUUGUACCUUUGUGGGAUCAAUCCCAAAGUCUGGGAGAAGCGGUCGCACCUCUCUGCUGUCACGCUAAGAGCAAAACGAGCUGAGAUCCAAGUGGCGCAUUCGCUUUUUCUAGUGAAUAGCACGGACUUGGUGCCGGACUCUUCUGCUAGUAGAAAUGAAGACUUGAGCACGUUUCUCAAGGGGAUUAGAGUACCAGAGUCGAGGCGUCAUCUAUUGCGACGUGUUCUGUUUGUGGGAGAGCAUGACGACCGGCGCGCGCUGAUUCCACAGGGAAAAGCAAAGGACACACACACAGCAAUUAUUUCUGCGGGCGCUGCUGUGGUAAAACCUGUCUGGAGCAGGUGGCUGACGUUUACGACGUUCAUAUCGGAACUCCUUCUCUGCAUGCUUUUUGGCAUAGGAGUAGUAGCAGGGAGAUUUUUUGGCAGUCAGUACAAAUUAAAAGACGACGCUGUGCAGAAUCACACGAUUCCAGCCAGACGAGUUGUUGGCGUAGAUUUAUCUUAUAUUUUGUUUGUUAUGGAUUGACUUUACAACUUACUACUCAUCAAUGCUUACGCUUCUGCUCAUUUUCUUACUCCGAAGUCUAUAGUUGUUUCGUAUACCUAUUAUUUUAUAGCAUUCGUUUCUCUAUCAGAUUCUUCAUGGGUCCUGCUUGUUAGCAUAG